GUAUUCGUCUAUAUUACCUUUGAAAUAUAUUCCAAUAUAGUAUUAUGGCAAAAUGGAUAUAUCAACUGGACAUCUAAGAACGUUAAAAUGUACGUAAUAGUCGAUGCUGCGUACCAUCUUGUAGAAAUAUUAUUGAUAACAUGGGUUUGCGAAACGGGUAAAAACGAAGCCAUAAAAAUUAGCACUACCGUUCACGAUGCAAUUAAUAGCACCAUUGACGGACAAAUCAAAUAUGAGUUGCAGCUGUUUUCUUUACAAAUAAUGCAUUGUGAUAAUACGUUCUCCGCGAAGGGUCUUACUUUGGAUGCGAAGCUUCUUACUGCAAUAAUUGGUACGAUUGCUACACAUCUUUUAAUUUUAAUACAAUUCUUAAUCACCUCUCACUCUUGCGACGGAAAGGCUACACUCAACACUGUCAAAUCUAAUUUUAAAACGGAUUAAAUAAUGAAUUUGUAACAAUAUUA